ACAGGUCACUAUACUGUUCCCCGUCUCGCUCAUGGGACCGACCUUGACUACCGUUCGCGUCCACCCUAGUCUUAUCAUCCCGUCAACCAGCCCCAAUUAAACCUUCUUAGGUCUAUGGCUGGAAUUCCGAAUGUCCACUGCCCUUAACACGGUGCUGAACUCCCUCGUCAGACCGGCUUCGAUGCAUCACUUCACCUGACGCCUGCUGCGCACCAUGACUAGUCGGUCGCGGACAUCUGGGGAGUCCUCUCGGUAUGCCCAAGGCUCUGUACAGAACGACGAGCGUAAAGCGUCCGCGGCUCGUGAGAUUUCUGUGCGAGACAGUACAGAUUCAAACUCCAUAAGAUCAUACCCAACUCUAUCAGGAUCUUACUUUUCCUCUUCGUACUCGUCAAGAACACCAGCGCGAUCUUUCUUCCAUCAGGCUUCUCAUGCACCCUUAGACAACCCGCAAUAUGCCUCACUGGGUGUCCGAGAGAAAACACAAGAACUUGCCAAAUACGCCCUUGGCUCCGACACACCUCCACCUCGACGCUAUACCACAUCUGAGCCCAGGGACAGAACGAAUAGCGUCACAAGAGUUUUGGCAAAUCAUAACGUGACAAACAAGACCGGCCGCUCUGUAGACUCACUGGACGAGACGUCGCUGUCCGAACCACUAUCUCAUCAGCCUAUACCUCAAAGCCAAUUGUCGAAUGGUAAAUCAACCAUCGGCUCGCGAAGCCUUUCCACCUACGGCAUGCCUAAUGGGUGUUCGCGAUCUGUGUCACAAUACACAGCCAAGGAUGAUGAGCGACAACCGCUGCUCAAUCAAAAUAAAUCUGCAUCCCAAGAACGGGACGUACAGUAUGGCACUUCAAAUGGGCUACCAAGCUUUAAAAAAGGUGCAAAUAGCUUUGUCAAGCACAUAUAUUCAGCCGCUAUCAACAAGGGGACAGGCGCCUGGCGUACACUACAGAGUCCCGAGACAUGGAGCAGCAAGUCUAUGAAGCGCUAUGGGGCCAAUAGUGUCAAGACUUUCUCCGCUGUGUUUUUGGGAACUCUCCUGAACAUACUCGAUGGCCUUUCAUACGGUCUGAUCCUGUUCCCGCUCGGACACCCUAUAUUCGCGAACACAGGCCCAGACGGUAUAUCUAUGUACUACGUGAGCUGCAUUGUAUCACAGCUAGUUUUUAGCCUUGGUGCAACCGUCUUCAAAGGUGGUGUUGGAUCUGAAAUGAUUGAAGUUGUUCCAUUUUUUCAUAAGAUGACGUAUGCCAUCAUGGCACAUAUGGGCGAGGAUGACCCAGCCGCUGUCAUGGCUACAGUGAUCGUGUCAUAUGCAAUGAGCUCUAUUCUUACCGGACUAAUAUUCCUCGCCCUCGGAACAUUCAAACUUGGGAAUCUAGUCAGCUUCUUCCCCAGAAAUAUACUUACUGGCUGCAUCGGCGGUGUCGGAUUCUUCCUUUUCGUCACAGGAAUCGAGGUCUCGGCACGCAUUGAUGGAAACCUGGAGUAUAACUAUGCCACCCUUCUCAAGCUCUUCCAGGCUGAUACCAUCGCGCUCUGGGUAACGCCUCUAGUCUUGUCGAUCGCCAUUCUACUUCUGAGGACUAAGGCCAAAAGUCCUCUAAUCAUGCCAGCGUAUUACACCAGUGUUGCUGUAAUCUUUUACAUCGUUGUAAAGGGUAUCAUGCGUCGUGAUCUAGAAGAUGUUCGCGCUAGUGGCUGGAUAUUCCCGAAGCCAGAAGCUGGAGUGCCUUUCUAUAGGUUCUACUCCUAUUUCCAGUUCGGUCUAGUCAACUGGGGUGCCAUAGCGCAAACAAUUCCGUCAAUGUUCGCGCUGUCAUUCUUUGGUAUCAUACAUGUACCGAUCAAUGUACCCGCUUUGGGCUUGGCUGUCAAGGAAGACAACGUCGAUAUCAAUCGGGAACUCAUUGCUCACGGACUGUCAAACACACUAUCUGGCUGCGUUGGCAGUAUUCAGAAUUACCUUGUGUACGCAAAUAGCUAUCUUGUCUAUCAAAAUGGUGGUGACACCAGAAUUGCAGGACUACUUCUUGCUUUGGCCACGACAGCUGUAUGGAUUGCUGGACCAGCCAUGAUUGGCUUCAUACCCGUAUGCGUGGUCGGUACUCUUAUCUUCAUGCUUGGUAUCGAGCUCCUUGGCGAGGCAGUCUGGGACACGUGGGGUAAGCUGCACAAGCUGGAAUAUAUGACAAUCAUAGUCAUUGUCCUCAUCAUGGGUAUCUAUGACUUCGUAGUUGGUAUUGUCACCGGUAUCGUUCUGGCAUGUCUCAAUUACGUGGUCCAAACAUCGAGAACACCAGCCAUUCGAGCUAGUUACAAUGGACGAAUCGCUGAAUCUACAGUCCGACGACCGCCAAUGGACAAGAGAUAUCUCAACCAAGUGUCAUCCCAGAUUAGAGUUGAGAAAUUGUCAGGCUUUUUGUUCUUUGGUACAAUCGUAGCCGUUGAAGCAGAGAUCCGAGCGUUGAUUGACGAAGAAGCGUAUCGUCAACGCCCUGUUCGAUAUGUCAUCAUCGACUUCAAGCACGUUACCGGGAUUGACUUUUCUGCAGCAGAAGCCUUCCAGCGCAUCAGCCGCAUUCUUCAUGGUCGCAUGGUGACCAUGAUUCUAUCUAGCGUGUCAUUCACGACCGACGUCGGCAAGAGUCUCAACAUGGUCGGUCUCUUCGACUCUGAAAAUGCCGAAACACCACGCGUUUACGAAGACCUUAACAAUGCUCUUGAAGCCUGCGAAAACGAGCUCAUCGAGGUUUUCCACAAGCAUCGUCUAGGAAUACAUACCCCUCCCGAAUCCAAAUCCAUCUCCAUAUCUCCACCGCGAAGCUCGCACGAACACUCUCUCAAGACGGCCGUCCUCGCACCAGCUUUCAGCUCUCCCCGUGGCAACCUCCUCCUACAAGCUGCUGCACACACCAUCGAGGAGCAUGGUGACAUGGCACUCACGCCCGACGAAGAUAUGGUGAUCCGCCCAGCCUGGAAACACUUCAGUCAACCCGUGAAAAUCAUGCUGCAAACAUUUGAGGAUGUGUCAGCGCAAAACGAGGACUUCUGGCAGCGUGCUGCACUAUACUUCACUCGGCGCGCCCUUGCAGCUGGCACCGUGCUCUAUUCACGCGGCGACGAGCCCGAUGGCUUCUUCCUACUCGAGAGUGGGCGUUUCCGCGCCGACUACAGCCUGGACCAGGGGAGUCUGCAUGAAAUCAUUCUGCCUGGCACGACGUGUGGCGAGCUACCAUUCUUCAGCGACACGCAGCGUACCAGCACGGUAGCCGCGGAGCAGGACAGUGUUGCCUGGUUGUUGACCAGGGAGCGGUGGGGGGAGUUAGAGAGGGAGGAUGGCGAAGUUGCCAGGGAGUUGUUGAAGGUUGGGUUUAAAUUGACGAGUGAGCGGAUGACCGCUAUUACUUCAUAUAUGCUUGUCACUGCUAGUUGAAGGGUGUGUCUGCGUUUGAUAACAGAUGAUAUGUUACGGUAUUUGGACAACAAGGCUGCUGUCACAUAUUGCAGAGGAGUUUGUGUCACACAUAUAUACGUAUAAUAGCGAAUAGCGAAGGAAGGAGGAGG